AAAGAAAUCAUGUGAAGAAAAGAAUGAGUCACAACCAAAAGGUUCAAGGAACCAAUCCAGCCUAACAUUUCUGUUAUACACCUUACACACACACACACCCCUCCAAAUAAAAUCCACUCUUCACCUUCUCUUCCUCUCAAUCUAGCCUCUUCUUCUUUAAAAAACAGCAAUAUUUCCUCUCGUAACACAAAAUUGAAUGUCAAAUUUCAACUUAGGUAAGAAGCUUCUACCCACUAAAAAAGCAUGGAAGAGCUUCACCAACAAAUUACAAUCAAGAUUACACAAGCUCAAGCUUUCAAAAGCUGUCAAAAAUUCCAAAGACAUUUGUAUUAGAGCUUACAAUUACAUUUUUCCUAUUAUUACUCGUAAAUUCUACUCCUUAAUCUAUCGUUCUUCACCCCUACGUACUCGUCGCAAUUUUUACCAUUACUACCAAUACCAACAACGUCACAAAAAUACUUCGCUUAUAUAUGUGGACCAGCUCUUCCCUGAACCUAUGCAAAAGCAAAGUUGUACAAUAUCUGCGCCUCAGACUAAAGAAUUUGUUGCGUCAAGUAGUGGUGGUGAUGUUAAUAGAAGUAAAUUGGAUCGAGAAGAGCAAGAGAUUAUUAUGAGGGCAAUUGAGGGAAAAACUGCAAUAAAAAAACGUAAGGGAGUUGAAAGUAUUAGUAGUAGAAUAUGUGAUAUUGAAGAAUGGAGAACUCCUUCAAUGCCACAUAUUAAUGGAGUGGAUAGAAAAGCUGAGGAAUUUAUCUCUAAGUUUCGUGAAGAUAUGGAGAUUGAAAGACAACAAUCAAUUCUUGAUUUUCAAGAAAUGUUGGCUCGAGGUGUUUAAAUAGAAUAAAUUUAUUAAUUUUUUUUAUUGUAACUAUUAUUUUGUUUUUCCGGUCAAUUCCUUAUUUCCCAAUUUUUGAAGAGGGGAGAAAGGAGUUGAAGUGAUUAUUACAUUGAUUUGGUGUGACUAGAGUAUUUAUACAGGAUAGGAAACUUAUGUUGUGUGGAACUUGUUUUUAUUUUUAUUUUUAAUUUCAAGAAUUGUAUUUUUGGGUGUUAUGAUCAAUAAAUGAAUAUGAUAGACUUAUAUUGGUUUAA